AUGCUGAAAGGGAUAAUAUUGCUCGUGUUCAUUACGACCGCAUUAGCCGAUUCUGAUCCUUACAAAAAAACCAUUUGGUGGGACACCGAUGAUCUUAACGAGUAUAAGGAUAAGGGCCACCGUGUCCCAUUUCCAGAAUGUCUGCUAUCUGGUUCCAAACAAAAUUAUCUCGAAUCGUCAUCGUUGGGAGAUUUAUUCAACAAAGCACUCCGUGCUGAAGAAAAAAGCUUAAUGAACGAACGUUAUGAAAACAAGAAACAUAACUAUGAUGACUUAAUGGAUUAUGAUGCGGACGGAUCAAGAAAGGACUACGGCAAAUCUCGACAAGCUGCUACUGCCGCUGUAAAAUUAACACAAGAUAUCAUGACCGUACUUGCUUGUGAUUUAAAUGGAACAGAUGCCAAGAAUUUAGAUCAUUUUCUUCAAAAAUUCAAAAUGCCCGAAGAAUUCUGUAAAUACCAUGAAAAACCAAAGUGUGACGAUCGGAAGAAAUACCGAACACCAACUGGUAUCUGUAACAAUCUUGAACGGCCUUAUGAAGGAAGUUCUCAAACAGCCUACGCACGUAUCAUCACUGCCGACUACGACGAUCAUCUCAGUAAACCUCGUCGAAAAGCAUAUGGCUAUGGCUUAUUACCAUCAUGCCGUCAAGUCAGUUUAGCAUUCGGCUCAAAACCAAUCUUCAGCCGCGAAUACAACAACUUCUUUGCCGUUUUUGGACAAUUCAUUGGCCAUGAUAUUUCACUUGCUACACCAGCCACUGAUACAUAUUUAACACCAAUUUCCUCAUGCACAUGUGGCUCGAAAUACGAUUGGAAUAAAUGUACAGUGAUCGAUAUUAAACCCGAUGAUCCAUAUUUACGUGGACAAAAAUGUAUGGCUUUCCCAGCUACAGCCCAAGCUUUCAAAAAUCAAAUCUGUUCACUUGGUGUCAAAGAACAAAUGAAUGGAAAUACGCACAUUCCUGAUUUAUCUGUUCUCUACGGUAAUACCGUACGUACCGCUGCUAUUGUCCGUUCAGAUCAAGGUUUAUUGAAAUCAACACGAACACACUGGUCCAAAUUGGAGAUGCCACCAGCUCAACGUGAAGGAAAAUCUUGCGUUGAUGCCACUUACAAACAGCCAUGUUUUGCUGGAGGUGAUUCACGUUUGAUGGUUACCCUUGGCUUCACAUCCGUUCAAACCAUCUUUUUACGUAAACAUAAUGAAUUAGCUCGAGCUUUACACGACUUGAAUCCGCAUUGGAGCAACGACAAAUUGUACGAAGAAGCUAGAAAGAUCAACAUUGCCUUCUUUCAAGAUAUCUUAUAUACAAGAUGGUUACCUCUCCUCUUCGGUACUGAUGAAUUCAAAGAACUCUUUGGUCCAAUUGGUGAAUCAAGCUAUAACGUAAACAUCCCACCAGUUGUAUUCAAUGAAGUUGCAGCAGCUGCUUUCCGUUUACAUACAUUAGUUCGUGAUUUAUUCAGUCGAUGUACCCCUGAUGGUAAUCGUAUCGAUGAAUUAUGGCUCCAUGACAUUAGUGCAAAAGCCAAAUAUGCUUAUGAUAUGGAAAACAAUGGUCUAGAUUCGAUCAUUUGUGGUCUCUUCUAUGAUUAUGGCUUUGCUCACGAUGGUAAUUUCGCUCAUCAAAUUCACAAUCGCUUAUUCGAAUCAGUUAACAAAUACGGACAAUUGUGGCGUAAUGAUUUAGUUGCUAUCAACAUCUGCCGCGGUCGAGAACACGGUAUUCGCGGUUAUAAUGCCUACCGAGAAUACUGCAAGUUACCAAAAGCAUAUAACUUCGAAGAUUUUGGUGACACAAUCAAUUAUGAUGGUAUCCAAUUCUUAAAGAAGAACUAUGGUCAUCCAGAAGAUGUUGAUCUAUUUGUUGGCCUCAAUUUGGAAGACACAUUACCCGGAUCUCUCAUUGGUCCUGUUUCAGCAUGUUUACUUAGCUUGCAAUUCAAAGCUCUUCGCGAUGGUGAUCGAUUAUUUUACUCGCAUCCAGGCGUUUUCACACCAGGACAAUUACAAACAAUUGUAGACUAUCCAUUCCAUUGCUUUAUCUGUUCCGUUGUUGACAUUGAUAAAGUACCACUUAAUCCGUUCAAACCACCAAAUGACUCUGACAAUGUCUUGAAAUCAUGUAGAGAAUGUGCCAAUUUCGACUUAAGCGAUUGGGCUGAAACACAAUCAGCGUAA